AUGGAUGAAGUGAAGCAGAAUUUGCAAAAUCUAAAGGAGGAUUUAGAGAAGCUGAAGGAUAUAAAGGAGCCAUAUGUUUGCAAAGAAGGGGAAAAAACACCGACUGUGGAGGAAUAUCUACAGCAGCUGAAUAAUCAAGACAUACCAAUAAAGCAUAGAGGACGCUCCCGAGAACACAAAGUCUCCCGAUUUUACUAUAAGCUUCGAGAAAGCUUGAAAGGCCCUUUCAAAAAACAGACAAAUCAUCACCGCGAAAUAUCACCAGAGGAAGCUCAAAAAGACGACACACUAAGCAUUUAUCCUCCGCAGACAACGCUUACCGAAGAAACACAGGAAGAAGCUGUUCAAGGUGGGUCAGACUCGCUAGCUCAUAGAUUCAGCAGAAUCAGUCGCGCAAGUAGGCGAAGCGAGGAAUCGGUCCUGCUUUCCCAACAAAGAUCCCUGUCACGUUAUAGCUCGGUAAUUCGAUAUCCGUCAUCGGUUGUUGAGGUUUACAUUGGAGGGGACUUAUUUGAUAAUCACAGUGACUUCAACAGACAAUUUAGUUUUGCACGGCCCAGAUCGACAAACGGCAGCGACGAUAAUUAUUCGAUGGCUUCGCUGGUGAUUCCGGGAUCUCAGACAGUGCCGAUCAGACGAGAUUCCAUUACUGCUUUCAAUGCUUCGAGUCGUCGGAGCAGCAGACUUUACAGACAUCUCUCACGAACACUGGCCGACAUUGAGCAGGGAUCGGGGUCCACGUCGAACGAGGAGGGGCAGCCGGAGCGGACACACACCAGGGAAACGCGUUCCACAGGUGUUUAUUCGUUGAUAUCAGACCCCACCUCUGGGCUGCGCGCGGAUAGAUCGAUAGAACCUCCAAUCGGAGACGAGGGAUCGGCGCCAUGUUCGACGCGCACGUUCAACUACAUAUCGGCUUUCACGAACGUGUCGUUGGGGCAUCAUUCCCAAGAAGCGCUAGAGUCUAGCAUUAAUUUUGACGACGAGGAUGAAGAUGAUCAAGGUUCAUACUAUUCAAUUCUGCAAUCUCCACCACAUUUCCAUCGUGAUACAAGUGUACCGCCUCAUCUUUACGUUUAA